AUGGUGGAAGACAAACAGCAACCUGAUCCAAUGACGGUGGACUCUGUCACAAAAGAGACUCCUCCGACGGCAGAGACUGACGAAAAAGUGGACAAAAUUACUGCUCUACAGGAUGCGAUAGAUGGUUUAUCUCUUGCCAUGUUUGAAGCCCUUCGAGGUCUUCGAGAUGCUGUGGCACCAGAAUCAGGGAACUUGGGCGGGGAUGGAAAUAACAAUCAGAACAAUGAAAACCCUGAACCAGAUUUGGAAGAAUUUUGGACUCUGUAUCGUAGCGGUGACCCAACUACAGUUGCAAUGGUACAGAAAGUGAGUCCCACUCCACCCAAGAAGCGGGAAGAGUAUGCGAGGAUUUUUUCAAAGAUUGAAAGCCUCAGGGAUGCUGCAUUGGUGAAACGGUUAGCGGACACUGUGUUGGAGAAGAGUGCAGAUAUCGAUGAGCGUGUCGAUCGGUUGCCAGGUAUGGAUAGAACGAAAGCAGAACAGAUGGAUUAUAUAGAAGAAUUGAUCAAGAAGAAUCAAGAUGUUACGACGAAGUUGGAGGAAACAUUUGAUCAAGCAAAGAAAAGACGGGGGCACGUGCGAACAUACAUCAGAGACAAUACAUGUUCUGCUCUCGGCAUUGACGAAGAGGUGGAUUAA